CAGCAUGUCCUCCUCGGCCUCCGCUGCGGAGGGAGACGGAACCUCCGCGCAGUCCGCGUCCGAGAAGGAACCCCAAGUGCCCGGCCAGAGAGAAAGUGAGGAGGAGGACGAGGAGGACGAUGACGACGAGGAGGACGAGGAAGAAAAAGAAAAGAGUCUCAUCGUGGAAGGCAAGAGAGAAAAGAAAAAAGUAGAAAGGUUGACAAUGCAAGUCUCUUCCUUACAAAGAGAGCCAUUUACAAUUGCACAAGGAAAGGGGCAGAAACUUUGUGAAAUUGAAAGGAUACAUUUCUUUCUGAGUAAGAAGAAAACGGAUGAACUUAGAAAUCUACACAAACUGCUUUACAACAGACCAGGCACAGUGUCCUCAUUAAAGAAGAAUGUGGGUCAGUUCAGUGGCUUUCCAUUUGAAGAAGGAAGUGUCCAAUAUAAAAAGAAGGAAGAAAUGUUGAAAAAAUUUAGAAAUGCCAUGUUAAAGAGCAUCUGCGAGGUUCUUGAUUUGGAGAGAUCAGGUGUAAAUAGUGAACUAGUGAAGAGGAUUUUGAAUUUCUUAAUGCAUCCAAAGCCUUCUGGCAAACCAUUGCCAAAAUCUAAAAAGACUUCUAGCAAAGGUGGUAAAAAGGAACGGAACAGCUCUGGAAUGGCGAGGAAGGCUAAGCGAACCAAGUGUCCUGAAAUUCUAUCAGAUGAAUCUAGUAGUGAUGAAGAUGAAAAGAAAAACAAGGAAGAGUCUUCAGAUGAAGAUAAAGAAAGUGAAGAGGAGCCACCAAAAAAGACAACUAAAAGAGAAAAGCCUAAACAGAAAGCUACUUCUAAAAGUAAAAAAUCUGUAAAAAGUGCUAAUGUUAAAAAGGCAGAUAGCAGCACUACCAAGAAGAAUCAAAACAGUUCCAAAAAAGAAAGUGAAUCUGAGGAUAGUUCAGAUGAUGAACCUUUAAUUAAAAAAUUGAAGAAACCACCUACAGAUGAGGAGUUAAAGGAAACAGUAAAGAAAUUAUUGGCUGAUGCCAACUUGGAGGAAGUCACAAUGAAGCAAAUUUGCAAAAAGGUAUAUGAAAGUUAUCCUGCUUAUGAUUUAACCGAAAGAAAAGAGUUCAUAAAAACAACUGUUAAAGAGCUAAUUUCUUGAGAUAGAAGACAGAGACAGAUGACCUGUUCCCAUAGAUUUGAAGAUCUGAUUUAUACCAUUAUACCAGCAAAGAGAAUGUAUUUCCUUUUCUAAAUUCUUGUUAAGCAUUGUGUUGGUAGAACUUACUUGCUGACCUUUUUAUCUUGAGUGUUACGUAAAUUUGAGUUUGCCGUUUUAAAUUGCGUUUUUAUGCAGUUUUUAGUUUAAAAUCUUGCAUGGCAGUAAUUAUUUUUUAUAGUUGUAUUUUGUAUAUUCUGGAUUUCUUUAUAUAAGGUCAUAGAUUAUUGAACUGUAGUGGUUUUUAGUGCACUUAAUAUUAGCUUGCUUAAGACAUACUUUUAAUCAAGUAGAACAAAAACCAUUAUAACCGGCAUUUGUACGUGGAGAGACUAUGCAGUAUUUAGUAUAUGGAAUAUUUUGAAUACACAUCUCUUCUGUCAGUGUGAAGUGUGUUCAUUAUAUUAAUAUACGAGCUACAGCUGGCCAGAUGACUAAAUCAGAAUUUCUCCUGCAUGUGUAUAUAGUCAAAUUGUCAGCAUGACAAAAGUGACAGAUGUUAUUUUUGUAUUUUUAAAAACCAAUUUGUUGUAUAUAGUUUUUUUAUUUCUUUUGUGCUGAUCAAUUUUUAAACUCAUAAGUAGGUAGGUAUCUUUACAGUUGUGAACUAUGAAAUGUCAGUGUUCAACCAGAUGGUAUGAUAGAGCAGUGAAAGUCAGAAUUCAGUGACAGCAACACUGAAGGAACAGACAGUCCUGCUUUGCCUUGGAAGUGUCAUCAAUUUGUAGUUUUAGUGUUAACUUUUGCAAAAGUGUCUAUAGGUACUUUUAGUAUUAAGGACAGACCAAAAGGAACGCAUCAAAGCUUCCAAAUCUUUGGGAAAGGGCGGGAUUAAGUACACACACAUUUGGCUUAUAGUAAAUAAACUGAUUUUUAUUAACUGCUUUUGCCAAUAUAAAAUGCUGAUAUUUACAGAAAACCUGGCCACCUUUAUAAUUAUGAUAAAAGAACCAGGUGUAAUGCUAAAAGAUUAUGUGUAGGCAAUAGCAGAUAACUCUGACAAAGUAUUUCUCAAAAGUGAUAAUAUACUUAUUUCUAACAUUAAAGAAAAUAAUGUAUAAUCAGGGCUGUUGGGUUUUAAAUUUUGGCCAGUCAGGAUUCUAGGUGGUCAACAUAGGGACCCCACUCUCAGUGAGACAAAAUUAGUCUCUUAAAUUGACUGUCUUGAUCAAUUUAUUAGUCUGUGGAUUUUAAAAUAAAACAUGCUGCUUAUGACAGAUAUUUGAUGGAUUGUUUAAAAAUAUCUUUGCAUCAUAGAACAAAUAUAAAAAUAUGUUGAAUGUUAACAGGUAUUUUCACAGGUUUGACUUGUUUCUUGAUAAAGUUGAGACAUUAGGGAAAGGUAUACUUAAAAAUGAAUGGAAUAAGCUACUAAAUAAGAUCUAAGAAUUGGCCUUUGAUUUUAAAUACUUAAUUUGUUCUUACAAAUCUUGUCAAUAAAAAAUCUAAAUCAAUGGU